AGCGCCGUUGCUAAGGGAGGCCUAGGCCGUUGCUAGGGGCGGCCUAGCAGCAGCCGUCAUGGCGGCGGCGCUGAGGCUUGGCCUGCUUCUUUUCUUGUCGCCGCUCCGGUCAGCCGAGUCCAGCACCGAGUUCCCAUCCAGCCCAGAGGCGCCAUCGAAGACCCGUGCAACUGCCUGGGAGCAGGCUCGCAGCAGGCCGGCCCCGCUCACGGACGUUGCCAAGCUGUGUGUUUGUGAUCUUUUGGUGGCACAGUGUGAUGUAAAUUGCUGUUGUGACCCUGACUGCAGUGAAGCAGAUUUCAGUCUCUUUACUACAUGUUCAGUUCCUAUUGUCACAGGUGACAGCCGUCUUUGUAGUCAGAAAGCUGCUAUAUAUUCACUUGAUACUGAAGCAAAUCCACCAGAAAGAGUAUUUAAAUUAGUUGACCACGUCAAUCCCAGUGUUUUCUGCAUUCAUGCUACAAACUAUGAACAAGCACUCUCCUUUAGUUCCCCUGAAAUACCUACUGCUGAAAAUUUUGAUCAACUGCUUAAAAAGUUUGGAAGUGCUACUUUCAGUGCUGAGCCUGACAGCUGGAGUAUGAGCUCAGAUGCUUCAGAUCCUUCUGAUGCAAAUGAAACUUACAGAUAUGAGUAUGGUGUUCCUAUACAGACGGUGGAUGCAUUUCUCAGGCUGCCCAGUCCCGUUGUCUCCUCUUGGUGCUCUGAUGCAAACCCUGCAGGGUUCUUAAUACACCAGGCUACAAAAUGCAUUCGAUCAAUCAGUGUGGAAAGCUGUGGCAACAUUCAAGCAGUUAGUAUGCUGUUUUAUAUCAACUCCAGCAUCUUAGCAGUGCCUAAAUCAAGUCAGAUGGUUAAUAUCACUGUCCGGUCCAUUGUUGUCCAGUCUCUGAAUGGAAUGCGGACUUUACUUAGCAGCAAUGUCAUCAGGCACCCUAUGAUUUCAGAUGAACUAUGCAUAAAUAUAGUUCUUGGGGUGAGUUAUCAUGUUACAUACACAGACACAGGAGAAAUAAUAGAAGCAGCUGCUUCUUUUGUCUUGGGAGCAGUUAACAAAGAAGCACUUUCAAUACAACAGAGCUUUGAAAUCAGCUUUACUCAGGUAAAUACAAAUCCAGUUCCUUUCAGUGGUAAUCCUGGUUAUGUUGUUGGACUGGCUGUAAGAGCAGGCUUCAAGCCACAAGGAUCAGGCAUCAUUCAGAAUACUAACAAAUACGGUCAGCUCACUAUUCUGCAAAGUACAGCCAACCAGGAUUGUCUCACAGCACAGGAAGCCAGAACCCCAGUUUUAUUUGGUUACAACAUGAUAUCAGGCUGUAAGUUACGAAUUACAGCAGCUAUGAAUUGCCAGACCUUGGCUCAGGCCCUCCGAGAUUUACUGAUGGGACAAAGCUUUCCUGAGUAUGUGGCCUCAUUUGGAAAUUCUCAAGCCCAGGAUGUGCGUGACUGGGUGCCAAUAACUCACCUCCACACCUCAGAACAGAGCUCCUGCCAAAUACCAGUAGCGCUUGAAAUGGAAGUGAAGUGGACUAAAUAUGGAUCCCUCGUCAAUCCACAAGCCAGAAUAGUAAAUGUUACAGCAACAACCACUACUACGGCACUGAAGCAGCUUCCUUUGGGAAGAGAAAGGACUAUUCCUAUAACGAGUUCUGUUGUUUUCUCUGAUAUUUCUUCACCUGCAGAGCCAGGCUAUAAAGCUUGGCCCACCAUUAAUGCCAAGUUACCCCAUGACUUUUUCUUCCCAUUUGUCUAAGUUAAGUGAUGCUUUCAGAAGAGCUCAGUGACCCUUCCAGCUGGCUGCGGCUGAAAUCAAUUGGAGAUGCCUGCUGCAGUCAACACCUUUUGAAAUUCCAGUUCCUCAAAUCUCACUCUUUAACUAUAAAAUACCCCAGGGACCUGCUAGUACCUGAAGAAGUUCACAUUGUGUUCAAACACCAGCCCAGUCCUUUAGAAUAUGCUUCCUAAUGUUCUUUUCUUUUUUUCCUGGAGUCUAACCGUUCCCAGCAGUCCACUCACCUAGAUCUCAUCUUACAUAUUCUAAUUCUUUUAAUGAGUUGAUUUAUGAGCUGUGGAAGCAGAUGACUUCGUAGCCCAGCAGGCUGCAAAUGAACACUUAAAUGGAAGAAGAGAUGAGAGAAUACAGUAUCAGAAUUCAGAUCUCCUGUUGAGAAUCAAGCAUUGUUUGACAUAAGGUGGCAUGCGUUCGCCUCUAUUUUGGUGCUCAUUUGAUUGUCAACUAAAGAAGUUGGAUGCUGGUAUUAUUUUUGGAAGGGAACAUUAUAUAAAUAAUGAAGUGGCACAAGCAGCAACAGAAAAGGAAUCAGCCAACAAUAUGAAAAGAAUGGUUGGCAAAGAAGAGAUGUAGUAGUGAUGAACGGUCAGCUGUGAGAAAAACAGAAAAGACCUCCCAGGCCUGGAUUCUUAUCUCUGCUACUGCAAGUUUCUACAAGAUGUUGCAAACAAAGAACCUUAUCACAGAAGAAGGUCAUUCCCUGAAAUGAGCGGUACUUCCUGAAUGUACAGCUUGUAAAGUUGUGUCUUUAUUAAAUUAUUUUGCAGUUUUGUCUGUACAACUGUA